UAUUUUCAUUAUAGUACUUUGAAAUUGAAGACAUCAAAACUUUAACUACAUAGUUAUGGAAGCUUUCUUCACAGUUUGGCAUAGUAUCAAUCUCCCUCAACUUUCUGAUCUCUCUGCACACUCUCUCUCCUCUCUGCUCUACUUUCUCUCCCUCUCUCUCUCUUUCUGAGUGUAGGAUACAAGACAAUUGACACCAAAGCGUAAAGCUGUGUGUGUGGGUUCUCCUUUCCAAUGUUGUUUUCAGCAAAUCAUCAGAGAAACAAUAGAGUCUCUGCUACAAGCAAGAACAAGACUCUCAACAAAGUUUCUUCCAUUUCAUCCUCAUCAUCUCCUUCACGCACACAAGACACUCAGUCCCAAAAGAGAUCUCUAGUCACCAUGGAAGAUGUUUGGAAAGACAUCAACCUUGGUUCCAUCCACAGCCAACAUCCACAAGGCAACCAUGAGCCAAGGUUUGGGAGCCACAGCCACCAGAACCAAAACCCUAACUCCAUCUUCCAAGAUUUUCUCAACAGGCCUUUGAACCAGGAGCCAACAAUACCCACCAUGGGUUGUUCUUCCUCUAAUGGAGCUACCACCACUGUAACUGCUCUCUUGAGCAGCUCUCCUCCUUUGGCACCUCCUGAAACUGUUCUGAGCUUGAAUUCUGGACCCGGCUUUGAGUUUCUUGAUAGCCAAGAUCCUCUUGUUACCCCUAACUAUAAUCUGCAUAGCCACAAUCACCUCAACACCUCGUUUGAAGCUCUGGUUACACCGACUUGUUUUGGUAAGAAAAGAGGCCAAGAGUCUAAUGAAGAAGGUUCAGGGAACAGGAGAAAUAAGCGUAUGAUCAAGAACAGAGAAUCUGCAGCUCGUUCCAGAGCUAGGAAACAGGAAUGUGUCUCUCUCUCCUCUCCUAACCUCUACUUGAAAAAGAAAUGUGGUUUUGUCAACAAAAUGCUUCUGGUUUUAAAAAGGAUCCUUUCUGUUUGUUUGAUUAUAAAUUUGCAGGCUUAUACAAACGAGUUAGAGCUUAAAGUUGCUCAGUUGCAGGCAGAAAAUGCUAGACUCAUGAGACAACAAGAUCAGUUAAGAAUAGCGGCAGAAAAUCAGCAACAACCCAAAAAGAACACACUUCAAAGGGCUUCCACGGCACCAUUUUGAGAAAUCUACAAGUCCUCUUAUUUAUCUUUUGGGGAUUUAAGUUUAAAAAAUGGAAAAGUUUGUACCUAUUUUAUUAGCUAUAAGUAUAACUAAGCUAAAUUUGUGGAACCUCAAAAGAUCUUGAAGGGGAAAGAAAUAAAAAAAGAAAAACCUAUGAAGGAUCUUUCCAUUUCCUGAGGCACAGGAACACCUGUGGUGGGUCUCUCUCCUCUUGUUCUUGUCAUUUUCUUGUUCACUUCUACUUGUAUUCUUGUAUAAGGGAUACUUUUCCUCUUCUAAUGCUAAUUUUUAAAUUUACCCGUUAUGA